AUGCUCGGCAAUGGGCGACUCGAGGCUCAAUGUUUUGACGGAGAGAAGCGUCUGGCGCACAUUCGAGGCAAGCUCAGAAAGAAGGUCUGGAUCAACCAGGGCGAUAUCAUCCUCCUCUCGUUGCGAGACUUCCAAGAUGAGAAGGCCGAUGUGAUUCAAAAGUACACAGCUGACGAGGCUCGCGCCUUGCAAAAGUACGGUGAACUCCCAGAGACAACCAAGAUCAACGAGACAGAUGCGGGCGAGGGCGACGACGAGGCUGCUAUCGAGUUCGCAGAGGGAUCCGAGGAAGAGGACGAUGACGACCUCGACGAUCUGUAG